AUGGGCAUGCACCCCAUUUGCCAUAUUAAGGCUCGCCGUCUGCACGGACACACUGGAGAUAUAAACCCUGACUCCACUGAGCCCUUCAGACACAACAGGACCCAGCAUCCUUCAGCAAGUAGGAGCGACAACUCACACCACUUGGGAGACUUGCAACUACACCAGGAUGGUCUACACAACCCUGAAGACUUGGAGAAGGGCUCUUCGGAAGAGACAGUCACAGGUACCUUUGCAUCCUUCAUCCACGGCAUCCGUCCCGAUCACCUCUCCAACACAGUUCGCCAUCGAAGCAAGCGCAUGAUCCUUGACAGCAUUGGGGUGGGGCUGGUGGGCAGCACUACCCACGUGUUUGACAUUGCCCUGCGAUAUUGCCAGGAAACGUUCUCUUCCAGCCCGGUUAGCUCAGUUUAUGGAAGGAAAGACCUAAAGAUGUCUCCUCCUCUGGCUGCAUUUUCCAAUGGUGUGGCGACCCACUCAAUGGACUUUGAUGAUACCUGGCACCCGGCCACUCACCCAUCAGGCGCUGUCCUCCCAGCCCUCCUGGCAGCCUCCCAGAUGUUGCCACCAUCCAGAAGACCCAAUGGCCAAGACUUCCUGCUGGCUUUCAAUGUGGGCAUUGAGGUGCAAGGCCGGCUCCUGCGCUUCUCCCAGGAAGCUCACAAUAUCCCUAGGAGGUUCCACCCUCCCUCCGUGGUGGGCACGCUGGGCAGUGCGGCAGCCACAGCCAAGCUCCUCUCCCUCAACACCAGCCAGUGCGGCCAUGCCUUGGCCAUCGCAGCCUCACUAGCGGGGGGUCCCAUGGCCAAUGCUGCCACCUCAGCCAAACCCUUGCAUAUUGGCAAUGCCACCCGCCUGGGCCUAGAAGCAGCGCUCCUGGCCGCCCAUGGGAUCGAAGCCAACUCACUCAUCUUGGAUAACGUCCCUGGCUGUGCUGGAUUCAAUGCUUUUUAUGGUGACUACCAGCCCAAACCGCUUUCCUCGUUGCUGGACAGCCACAGGUUCCUUCUUGAGGAGCAGGACGUUGCCUUCAAGAGCUUUCCAGCCCACCUGGGCAUGCACUGGGUGGUGGAAGCCACCCUUUUGGCCAGAAACCUCUUUGUCAAUUAUUCUGGCCCUUUCUCACCCUCAGCAAUCCACACCAUCAUCCUGAGAGUUCCUGUCUCCAAGUACAUUGAUCGCCCCUUCCCCAAUUCACAACACGAGGCCAGGCACUCCUUCCAGUUCAAUGCUUGCACUGCCCUCUUGGAUGGCGAGGUGGGCAUCUCCUCUUUCAGUGAUGACAAGAUCCAGCGCCAUACGCUCACCCAGCUCCUGUCCAAGGUGGUGGUGGAACACCCAGAGAACAAUGUGGCCAAUUUCGACAAGAUGUAUGUGGAAGUGGCCCUGAUCCUGCAGAACGGAGAUGUCUUGACGGGGCGAUGUGACACUUUCUAUGGGCACUGGAGGAGACCUCUGAGCCAUGAGUCACUCCUGCAGAAAUUUUGGUCAAACGCUUCCCAGGUGCUUCCAGAAGGCAACGUGGACAGCAUUAUCCAAAUGGUGGAUGAUCUGGAAAAUCUCCCUGAUGGUUCUUUGCUGGCUUUUUGCCUGCAGUUCUGA